GAACACAGGCAGGCUUCUCGCAGUGUAGGUCUAAGUCUGCGAGACCGCACACGUUUCACACUGACGUUGACGCUAAAAGGAACGUGUGUUUCUCGUGAGGGACGGACUCAACUCACCAGAGCUGCACGUGUCGUUGCAGUUGAGUUGAAAUGAAGCCGCCUGCUCGUAAACGAACUAAACCAGAUCGCAACCUGAACCAUGACCCGCCACAGUCUCCGUGUACAGGGACCGGUCAGUGGAGGCUCGUGGAGCAGAAGAACCUCCUGAAAGCCCUGAAAACAUUUUACAGAGUCACUGGAGCGAACGGAGACAUCGACUACGCCUACCUGAAGGAAUACGUCCCGAAUCGGUCCAUUUCCGAGAUCCAGUCUGUGGUGGAAUAUCUGAAGGACAAUGUGCUCUCCUUGGCGAGCUUAACGCUGAAGAAGAGGAGAUGGGAGGAGAAGAUGGUCCGAAAGCCUAUCGAGUUGUGGACCAGCAUGGCUUCUACUGUUGCAGGGACGGACGAGGAACCCAUUUCCGCAGCUUUCUCUCAGAUGCUGAUGGUGUCGUCCACAGAGCCUCGCACCCUCAGGUACUGUGACCCCCCUCAGGUCCACAGACCACCCACAGACAAGCUUGUUGGUCGCACCGUCCCAUUUAGACCGAUGCCUCGGGUGCAAGUCAAAGUUGAGUGUCCUGACACCAACGCAGCUCGUCCUGUCGUGGUACUCAAGAGUCCAGGACCAGCCAUGGGUCCGGCACCGUUCCAAGUGGUUAGAGUGAUGAGCAGCAAAAUUCCUCCACCCGAGAAACAGCUUUCUACUACAGCUGGAUGCUCACCUGCUAGCACCCCCACCUCUCAGUCUGCUGCCAUCUCCUGCCAACCGGGUGCAGUAGCAAAAAUACUUGCAGCACCUGCUCCAUCGCCACAACCCGCCUCACAGACUGCGACCCCAGUUACAGGACACAGCACACCCGGUUCUGGCUCUGCAGCAGUGGUAAAGACUCUGAUCCGAACUCCCCAGCAAAGCCCCACCACCAUCUCCACCGGCUUUACAUCCAAGUACAAUUCAUCCGGUCCUCACGCGUCCCUCUCCUUCUCUGCCACUGGCCAAACUCCGGUCACCAGCAGGACUGACCCCCCUGUGCCCCCCAAGCCCCCGCUCUCCAGCCCUGCCGCGGCAUUCCACGCCACGUUUGGUCGCACCAGCAAGUACGCCACUAAAGACAGUCCCAGGAUGUUCGGCGUCAAGAGCGUGGUGGACUUCGAGAGGAUCUAUCGCUACCUGAGCGGCAUCCACCAGCCCAAUGAUGACUUGUGUCAUCUCACCCCCAUGGAGAGUGCCAUAGUGUUGGACCUGUUGAUGUCUCUUCCAGAGGAGCUCCCCCUGCUGGACUGCAACAAAAUUCACAAACAUCUGAUCCAGGUGUACCAAUUUCUCUCAUCCAACGCUGACUCCAAGAAGGCGGGAGCAUUGUUGAAGGAGCUGAAGGAUGGACUCCGCGCUCGAGACGGCAAAAGAACAAACCGCCAGCAGAGCGCUGCUCGGACUGCUGACAGCAGUGAUGUCACGGCCAGCGGAGUGAAGAAACUGCAGCCCGAUGGAGCUGAGAGCCAAUCGUCAGGGAGCGGUGACCAAUCAGGGCCGUCGGUGGACGCGGAUGAGAUUGGACUCUUCCCCGCCCUCAACCCUUUUAUGGUGCCACUGAAACUGUUGAUGCGCAGGUCAGAAAAUACUAAAUAAACGUGCAGCGUGCUUUAGAUGUGUCUACAUUCUAUAAUUGCACAUUAUCUUUCCUAUUUGGUCAUCGUUUGUCUCUGAGGUUGAAUAUCGAAACAGAAUUUGGAGUAUUGAAACUUGGCAAAGAAUGUCUGGUUCAUCGUCUUGUUUACUUGCUCGUUUUUCACAUAGUUUAUUUCAGUUUGGUUUCUUGUACAGCUACUUUUGUUGAUUGACAUUAAACACUGAUGCAUUGAGAA